AAUGGCUUUCAAAUGUCACAAUUGUCAUUCAACAAUUUAUGGAAGGCAAAAAUAUUUGAAAUGCAGCCUUUGUAAGAAUCUUAUUCAUAGGAAAUGCACAGAAACACAUAACAUACCAAUUUGCAAACCUUGUAACAAAAGAAAAUGUACUGUCAUGCUCAAGAAGUUAACUAAUCUGGAAAUUCAUCAAUUCAAAGUAAAUUCUGAAGAAAGCUUUAUUGAUGAAAGAAAUAAGAUUGCUGCAGUUGAGGAAUCAAUAUUGGAGGAUGAAAAUCAUGUUCUUUCAGAAUGCCAAUCAAUGGACCUAGACUCUUUGGAGGAAGUUGAAGAGAAUGCUGAAGAAUAUUGUGAAUCAUCCACAAAAAGUGAUUUUGAGAUUGUAAAAGGAGGAAGUAGAAAGGGACAUGACAUUUUACUGAAUGAUGGAUAUUCUUUUGUUGUUAAACAUAAAACACCAUCAAGUACUAUUUGGGUGUGCAGUGUGAGAAGUAAGAAGAAAAGAUGUGUGGCCAGAAUAAGACAAAAUGGAAAUUUAUUUCUCAAAGGCAAUUUGGAACAUAAUCACAACAGAAAAAAGAAUUUAGAAGUGGAUAUUAAAGUGAAAACAGAUUUGAAAAUUGUUUGCAGAAGUGAUAAUCAAACAUCUGGAAGAAGCAUUGCUGAAAAAGUUCUUCUAUCCUAUGAACCCAAUGCAACUUGUCUUCCGGAUAUCAACUAUUUGAAGAGAAUGGCAAACUCAAAUAGACAAAAGUUUAGGCCAGUGGAACCUAAAGUGUACAACUUUAAUUUAGAUGAAACAUUUUUGCCUGAUGAAUUUUUGCAGAAAGAUAUUUGUGAAAAUGGAGAAAGAAUUUUAAUCUUUGCAACAAACCAUCAGCUGAAUUUAUUAUCAAAAUCCAACUGUUGGUACAUUGAUGGUACUUUCAAGAUUGUAAAAGAACCAUUUUAUCAACUUGUCACUAUUCACUCAUUUGUUAAGAAGAGUGGUGAUAUGAAGCAAGUUCCUCUUGUUUUUAUUUUUCUGACUUCAAAGCAUACCAAAGCAUACUUACAAGCAUUUCAACAUAUCAACAAUCUUAUCAAUGAUUUUCAUCCAAAAAGAAUUACAAUGGAUUUUGAAAAAGGACUAUGGAAAGCAUUAUCAAAAGUAUAUCCCCUCACUGAAUUUCAAGGUUGUGUAUUUCAUUUCACACAAGCAGUAUACAGGAAAAUACAAGCUCUUGGCUAUGUAAAGAAAUACAAAGAAAAAGGAAAUGAUUGGAAAGAUUUCAGAAAAUUGAUGGCUCUGCCAUUCUUGCCAGCACAUAUUAUUCAACCAACAUUUGACAGCAUAAAUGCAGAACUUUGUGAAAAAAAUAGAUUUUUGGACCUGCUGCAAUACUUCCAAACAAACUGGAUCAAAAAUAAAUUAUGGAAACCAAAUAACUGGUCAGUUUUUGGUUUGUCUAUUAGGACCAAUAAUGAUUGUGAAGGAUGGCAUCAAAGAAUGAAUAGUAAGCUGCCUGCUAAAGGGUGCGAACGUACCUGGGUACGUUCGCACCCGCCCAGGGUACGUUCGCACCCGGGUACGUUCACACCCAGGUUAAAUGCUAAGGGAUAUGAUGGAUCUUCAAUACCUGAAUACAGUGUACUUGUUGAUAAUGUUGAACCAUAUGUAUAUAUAAAUAUACCUGACACUGUUUUAGGCAGUGGGGGAAAUAAUUUCACAUUUGUUUCUUCAUUUAACUGUGUCGAUGGUUCGGAUUCUGCGUCUUUUGAAUUAAAAACACUCUUUCUCCAAGAAGAUCCAAAUGAUUCUUCCCUUUCUAUAUGUCUUUUUGGAAUAAUAGUUUCCAAUGUGCAACAAUCUUCCACAAUAGUUAUGCUUAAUUGUAAUUCGCACCAAGGAACUUGCAAUGCUUCUGUUAUUGAUUCUAGUAAAGCAACUAUAGACACUACUUCCAACAUUACAAUUGAUAACAAUAACAUACCAAUUACAGUUACUCAAUUCAAUUUUGCUGACUCAGCUAUUAAAAAUAAACUUGCUGAUCCAUGGGCAACAGCUUCUAAAGAUCCUUAUUUUAAACAAAUUGUAUUUGAUAGCCUACACUCUAUGGAUAGGCCUAUCUGUUACGAUGUUACUGGUAAACCUAAUAGCUAUCUAAAAAUAGUUGAAUAUUCAAAGAUUGGAGUUGAAAUUUAUGGUCAGCUUAAAGAUGAUUAUUACAUGCAUAGAAUUAUUAUUAAAUCCCUUGUUGUUUUACAAGAAACUCCUAUAGAAAUUAUAAUUGCAAGGACAAGACAUUCUAUAGAGCAAUUGCAUUUAGAUGUCAGCUUUAAAUUUGUUCCAAAAGAUUAUGAGGAAAUGGGUGGGCUUUUGGGUCAUAUUGGCAAAAAACAAUUUAAAUUCUACUCAAAUGUUCAAUCAAACUCUGAGAACAGCAUUUCAGAAAUAGGAACAAUUGGAAUUGAUAACAAUUUGACUUUUGCAAGAAAAGUUGAAAGAAGUGGAAAACACUGUUGA